UAAUCCUGUGUAAAACGACAAACGAUAUUUUGUUGACGGCACGAUGGAAAGUUUAUUUCCCGGGAACGUCAACGACUCGAGAGUUAGGUUUCACCUUGCUCUCGCCUCGGUCGGCACAUCCGUUAAACUUUUCAAAUUAGACGCGUGCGUACGUUGAUGCGGGUGAUUUUUCGGAAAAAUCUGCGGCUGUGUGUGUUUAUCACCGGUUUAAGCACGCGUAAAAAAAACGACCCGUCGUUAGAGUCGUUGAUCUCGUCAGGAUCUUCCAUAUUGUCGUCAUGGAAUCCGAGGACACUCGGCCGACCAUCUAUUACUCGGAAAAAUAUUACGACGACCAGUACGAGUACAGACAUGUUGUUUUACCAAAAGAGAUGGUAAAACAAGUGCCAAGGACUCACCUGCUGUCGGAACCAGAAUGGAGAGCCAUGGGAGUUCAACAGAGUCAAGGAUGGGUACAUUAUAUGAUUCAUGAACCUGAGCCACAUAUUCUAUUAUUCAAAAGAAAAAUAACAACACCUCCAGAGACGAGAAAAUAAAUGAAUGCGCUACACCUAUUUUAUUUCACAUUUUUGUAAAUAACCAACAUAGAUCAUGGUCAUAUUUAUUUGUGGAACACAAGUUUUAUUAUGUGAUCUCCGUAUUAUUUACCAUUACUUUUUCUCAUCUAUCAACAACAAUACUUUGCACGAUGUAGGAUUUUACUUUUUACAAAGUUGACUUAGAAAAUCAGUUUAAUACAAAUCACAUGUUCAAACUUUUUUUAAUUCAAAUUCCACAGAUUAAAUUAUGUUCAUGGUCUUUGUGCUUUCAAAUUACUUGCCAUUUGUCAAAGAUGUCAAGCAAGUAUGCUGUAUAUAUGUCUAUAGUGAAUCCUAGUUAAUUAUUAAUUUUAUUGUCACUAAUUUUAGUUUUUCACGUUGAAACUUGAAGAACGAAAGAGAUAGUUUUGCAACAUAUCAGUUAUAACAUAGUAAAAUAUUCUAGUUGUUUCCAAAGGUUGUAGCAUCACGGAGCGAAGUAACAAAUAAGAAUUUCUUGUGAUUACAGUGUCAUGUAGAAACGUACUUUUUAAAAUCGUAGUCGUUACAUUAAUGUACUCAGCGAUUGUUCAU